UCCGCCCGACAUCCACACAGCAGAGCAGAGCGGAGGCUGGCAGCACCAACACCAGCAGCACCAGCAGCAGAGGAACGACCCUUUGUGCUUCACCGACUCACGCGCAUCCUUCUGAGAGGAACCACCAUCACACAUCCAGAGGAAAACGCUGCGUGAAGCACAAUGGGACCGUUCCAAGAAUAUGAGGAAAAGAAGUCACCGGAGAAAGGAAGCCCCCGCAGCCGCAUCCCACGUUUGGUCCUCCAUCCCUCCCCACCGAAGGACAAAGGUUCGCCUCUGUCUGAUUCACCUUUAUCAGAGGAGGAGGGGAAGGAGGGCGACGUCAGCUCGGACCACUCCAAACGGACCAUCAGCACCAACAGCUUCUGCUCAGAUGACACCGGCUGCCCCUCUAGUCAGUCUGUGUCCCCCUCCAAAACCCCGUCAGGCUCAGAGCAGAGUGCCCACAGCUCGCCCAUACUCCCCGAGCGCAAGACCAAAGUGAAGAGGGUGAGGGUGAUGGCCGAGUGGAGCGGAGAACCACGGAGCGGCUCGAGGCACAAGAGGGAGCUGAGGUCGGCCAUGAAAGCCAGAGGUAGCGAGGCAGACUUCAGCUCCUCCAGCAGCUCAGGCAGCCUAAAGACCAGAGAGGGCCUCGCCUCCAUUUCAGCUGGCAAGAGAGCUCCUUCACGCAGUCGCGGCAGCUACAUCAGACCGCUCCCAGUGUUCAAACCAGCCGGGAGCCCCACAGCCAACCAUGAUGCAGAGCUCUACGCUCCCUACAGGACUCCUCCCAUAGCAGCCUCUUCAACCAACAGCAGCAGCUGCAACUCCAGCCCCACCGCCAGAAGAGCGAGCCUGGGCCGCUACCACUCCUGUGGAGACAACCAUGGCAUCAGACCCCCGAACCCAGAGCAGUAUCUCACCCCUCUACAGCAGAAGGAAGUGUCCAUCAGACACCUGAAGACCAAGCUGAUGGAGUCUGAGAACAGCGUCCAUGACAGAGAGACAGAGGUUGAGGAGCUUAAGGCCCAGCUCGGCAGAAUGAGGGAAGACUGGAUAGAAGAGGAAUGUCACCGGGUGGAGGCUCAGCUGUCCCUCAAAGAGGCUCGCAAAGAGAUCAAGCAGCUGCGUCAGGUGGUGGAAACUAUGAAGAGCAGCCUGAUGGAGAAGGACAAGGGCAUACAGAAGUAUUUUAUCGACAUCAACAUCCAAAAUAGGAAGUUGGAGUCCCUGCUGCAGAGCAUGGAGCUCGCCCAGAGCGGUGCCAACCUCCAAGAUGAAAACACCUUGGACUUUAUCUGCGACAGCCCCGAUGGCAGUGAGAAGAAGAUGGUGGGGGAGGAAGAGGGUGGGAUGGAGCUUGGAACCCAAGGGGCGGAGGCGAUGGCGGACAGCGGGCUGUUGGUGAACGAUGAGAUGGCCAACAGGGCGGACAUUUUAGACCAUAUCUUCAUGUCUACUGCGGUGGAUUUUAGUCAGGACUUGAGCAUGAAGCUGAGUGCAGUGUCUGGGCCUGGGGUGUCUGCGCUGUCAGAAGAGGGACAGUUGAUUGAUGAAUUUACUGCUCCAGCUCUACCAAACACAGUUUCCACCACCGUCACCAUCUCAAGCACAACUUCCCUGCAGAACACAGAAGAUAGAGGAAUCCAGACUGAGAUGACACCCUUGUCUCCAGACCUGCAGGCUCUGCUCCUCCAGCUGCUCAAUUUCCACGGGGCAACAGCUCUGUCGGCCUCCAGCAGUCUUCUGGCUCUCCCAAACCUGCCCACAUCCACUGCCACCACCGCCGAUCUACCCGACUCAACACCUCCCCCGCCCAGUCCUGCUUCCGCAGAGAGUCCCGAGACCUCGACGGAUUCCGGUAUGUGCAACUCGGAACCGACAGAAAGCCAACAGUUCAUGGAGGAGCUGGAUUUUAGCGUCGUCGAGGAGGAACAUUCUCUGUCGCCGGGAGUAGAUGUGGUCGAGAAGCGUUACUGGAGCAACAGCUUCCUGGUGGAUCUGGUUGCAGUGGCAGUCCCUGUGCUACCCACGGUGGCCUGGCUGUACUCGCGACAUGGUGUGGACGGAAGCGCUCCGGUGUACAACAUCGCUGCUCUCAUCAGGGGCUGUUGCAUCAUGGGAUUGCACUCUCUUCGUCACGUCGCUCACAGGCCAGAUGCGUAAAGGCUUGGACCCCUUCCGCAUGCACACAUUGAACUAAAAGCACUUAAGCAUCUUUUCAAGAGUAUUUGUGAGAUUUGUUGUGUGUUUUUGUUGAUCACUUAAUAUCAAUGCAGUUAUUUUAUUUGUAUUUUGUUUCCAACACUUGUUACUUUGCACUGUACAGUUACCAUGAUGGUGACAUGAAAGGGAUUAUUUAUAAAGGGGGGUCAUUUAUUUAUUUUAUUUAUUUAUCAUUAACAUGUAUAUGCUGAUCAUCUUGGUAGAUGGUUAUGUGUUAUCAUCAACUUGUGGUGUCCCCAUUGUUGUCCUCGUGUUUAAAAGGUAAAACAAUAAAUAAAGUUCUUUUUGUUAGGAUGAGGUCUUCAAGAGGUGAAAGAUUGAAUGUUUCUUUCGGUUUGAUGGGUUUGAAAAGUCCACAGUUUUGAGUUAUUGUCCUAAAAGAAUCCUUCAGCCAAAGCUUUAAUAUGAGUUCACUGUUAUUGUUUUGUGAAGAAGUAUAUAUAUUUUUUUUCCCUUUCCUGGGAGUAGAGCUUUAUUCGGUACAGCCUUGUGUAUUGUUCAUAGAAAUAAGUUAAUGCUUAAAGCAAUUGACACUUGUUAAUGUGCCUGAGCUAUGUGCAAUACUGGUGGUUUACAUCAAAUGUCCUUGUAUCUUUAUUAUUAAAGCAUGAUCAAAUUGG